CAUGGAAACUCUACCGCUGGAGCUCAAGCAGCAUGUCUGCAGCUACCUGCCACCCGAAGAUCUCAAGUCGCUCAGGUUGACAUCGAAAGCUUACUCCGUCGCUGCUUGCCGCUACUUCAUACCACGCAUCUUCCUUUGCAACCAUCCAAAGAGUUUUCAAGAGGUACAAGAUAUCACUGAUCAUCCUGAUCUCAGGCAUUCUGUGACUACUUUGGUCAUUGAUGUCUCCUGGCUACAACUGUUACCGGACUAUCGUCAAUGGGCUCUCUACUAUGAAAGGGCUGAGAGGGGACCUCAGUACGCUACAGGCGAAGUCGAUGCUCAAGAAGAAGAAGAAGAAGAAGAAGAAGAGGAGGAGGAUCUGCUCUGCGAGGAGAAGAAACGAGUCGUGUACAAAAAACUACUAACAAUCUGUAGCGAGCUAUGGAUGUACCAUCAGGAGCUGGCUUCCCUGCAACGAGAGGAGCACUCCAAGGAACACCUGCUGAGAUGCAUCACUCUCACCUUCCAGAAGUGCCCCAAACUCAGGAAUCUCAUCGUUGACUACUGUCCUUCGUACAGAAGUGAAUCGCCCCUGGUCAAGAAAAGAAGACACUUCUAUGCCGCCGAGAUUCCGUUGACCGCCAAGCACGCUAUUCUCAUCACGCCUUGGCAACAUAUGACCGUCUGGGAGUUGUUCAAGCCCAUCCAAGAUGCCGAUGGAUCGCUGGAAUCCCUGGUGUUGAUCGACCCAUACCUCUUGUAUGGUCGAACGCCUUCCCCGUCAAUUUUCAGGAAUCUCAAGCAUCUACGAGAGGAGUACUGUCCCCAAAGCUUCUUGAGAUUCAUUGUAGCCUCUGCACCAGAUCUGCAGAGCUUUGGAACGUAUGGUCUCACUCCCUACCACCGUCACUAUCAUAGCUCCUCGAUACAGUUUCUGAUGAGUCUACCUCCUCUUCGAAACCUCCGAACCUGCAGUCUGAAUUGCACUGAUAAUGAGGACGAUGUGGUUCAACUUCUCCUUCGCCAGUCAAGUACCUUACAACGACUCAGGAUCGCUUACGCAAGUUACAGGACAUUGAUUGCGCGUGUGAAAGGCAGACUGCCUAAUCUAAGACGUGUGGAGCUCAGCCAUGUGAGACACCUCGUCGCCAGUAGGACGUUGUACAUGACCGCGAACGAUAUUCUGCAAGAUCAUGAGCACGAGUUGGGGACCGGACCGAUAGAGAUCGAGGAUGGACUUUGGGAGGAAUAUGAGAAGCAGUUCUUCCCUGGAAACAUCGAGACG